AUGGCGGGCACAUACGAUCCGAUGCAACAGGCGUUCGAAAGCGCGAUGCGAGAGUUUAAGGCUAGCCUGAAGAACGAAUCACUCUAUCGCCAAAUACUCGAGACAACUAGCAUCGAGCAGGUGUAUGAUGCCACGGACAAAAUUCAGAAGGAGCAGGCGAAGACGGGCCAUCUCCGCCACCUAUCCAAGAUUGAAAUCUAUCUGAACCGACUUAGGGAGUACACUGGUGCAGUGGAUACUUUUGUCCAGGUAAAACCAGACAUACUGGCACUCAUCUGGGGCCCGAUCAAAUUGAUCCUUCAGUGGGCGAACGUGUUGAAACAAUCAUUCGACGCCAUCGUCAACACUCUCGAGGAAAUUGGUUAUUUGUUACCCGAAUUCACCGAGAUCAAGAGAAUUUUCGGAGAAAAUGUCAGGAUCAAUGAACUUCUUGUUCUCUUUUUCAAAGACAUUCUUGACUUCUACCUGAUCACUCUGCAGUUUUUCGGGUCAUCACGACUGAAGUUCGUCUUCGAAAUGCUUUGGCCAAGCCGCCGUGAAAAAAUCAAAAUGGUGGGCGAGCUUAUCAAGCGUCACACGCUUCUCAUGCGCAGUGAGGUCCGGCUGGAAGAGAUUCGCGAGGCACAUGAUGCCAGGCGCCGAGAGUUGGAGAAUUUUCGGUUGAAUGAGAGCGCUCUCACAGACCGAGAGUACGCCAGUAUCCGGGCAAACACCUCGCCUAAAAUUUACGACAAAGAUUUAUAUCGGUUGCAUGGUAACGUUUGCGAAGGGACAGGAAAGUGGUUGUUUCGAGACAAAACGUUCCAAAACUGGAUGGACUCCUCGAUUUCCACACCAAAAAUUAUGUGGUUUAAAGGGAUCCCAGGAUCAGGAAAGACACAUCUUGCUGCAUCGGUCGUCAACUAUGUCAAGUCACUUAAUCAUAACGCAUCGAAACGGAGCGCAACCUUGUUUGCCUUCCUCAGUUAUAAAGAAUCCCAUACAACAGCGCUCUCCAUCAUGCACUCUUUAAUGUUCCAGCUCACUGACGACUCUAAGACUCUUCAAGCAGCAUUAUGUCAAUCUGCCAAGGAAAACAUGCGAAGCAGCCUUGAUGUUGCGGUAGAUCUCCUUGAGUCGCUGCUCAAAUGCGCCGGAUUGGUUUACAUAGUUGUUGACGGCAUUGACGAGAUUGAGGAUAUGGAGCGUUUCAGACUACUGAAACAUUUACUACAGCUUUCCAAAAAUUGCGACGAAUGUCGAAUUCUCCUCAGCAGCAGGUCAGAAUCUGAUAUAACGGCCAUUCUUCGAGAUAACACUGCCAGUAUUGAAAUACACAAUAGGAACUCUGGGAGUAUCCAAGCUUACGUAAAGCACCGUAUAGCGCAGUGGUUUCAAGAGAAGUCCUUCGUUCCUGAAUUCCAAGCCGAGAUCGAAGGCUCACUAGCGUCACUCGCACAUACUGCGAAAGGGAUGUUCCUAUAUGCACGAGUAAUCUUCGUUAUUAUUUGGGAGAUUGAUAGCGCGGAUGAGCUUCGUAAUUUACUUAAUUGCCCUCCAGUCUCGCUGAAUGAUGCAUACGAAAGAAUUUUUAGCAAAGUGAACCAAUCAACAAACGCGUCGUUAAAGGAUAAAGCCCGGAAAAUUCUAGGAUGGGUAGGCUGCGCUCCAUCCCCUCUUACCAGGCGGGAGAUUGAACAAGCUCUACUCGUAAAUCCGAAAGACACCGAUGGAGAUGCUAAAGUGGUCUCUGUCCUCGAUGUUGUUCGGGUUUGUGGGCCGAUCGUAGAAGUGGUGGAUGACCACGUCCAGUUUGUACACUUUACUGCCAAGGAAUACAUCUUUCAUAACCAAACAUCCGGUUACAUUGCACUCUCAGAUGCAACGCUGAGUUUGACCAUCUGCUGCAUUACAUACCUUUGCCAAGGGCACCAUGAUCUUGAGUUGUUGGAGGAGGAUAUCAGUUCAAAUCUCGUCUCAGGAGCCUACAGAUUCCAUGAUUUCGCAUCCCUGUUCUGGUUCGAGUUGCUCAAGCAGUUUCUGGUUUUGAAAAAAGCCAAAGAGCUGCCGAGGGACCUCGAGGACGGCUUGGAGCGUCUUCAUAGCGAACGAUCUGCGUGGACAUAUGAGACCAGCACCGAAAAUGGUCAUCAUAUAGAAACGAUGUUUGACUUCCUUGGACCCAAGCAGACUCACUUACAGCAAAUGUUGAAGAACGUUUCUGGGUUCCAGAAGACAUCUUCUAAUGCUGAAUAUCAUCUCGGAAAAGAGGCACGCUGGAUACACUUAGAUCCAUUAACCAUUUCUCUCAUCUCAGUCUCUAUAUAUAAUCAACUGGAUCGACUUCUCUGCCCAACAACGCAACACGAACGUAGCUGUGCUUGUUCAGCCAUACAGCACCACUACGGGUCGAGAGCUUUCAAAUGCGGCUUCUUGCGCUGCCAGUCACGUCGCCAUGGAUUUGAGGCAAGGUCUGACCGAAAGUCUCACGAAAAGCAUCACGAACAGCCGUGGAAAUGUGACGUUCCUGGGUGUGAAUACUCGAGCACGGGAUUUCUGACGCGUAAAUGGAGAGAUUGCCAUCUACAAAGCGACCACCAGCCGGAACAGCAAGCAAAAGCCAGCGUGAUUAACGAACCAGACGAAGAUGAAAUCCAGCCCCUCUUGUUUGAUCUUAUUGGGACUGGCAAUGUGGAGUUAAUCAGAGCGCUCUUACCUCGUUUUGGGAACCUUCCAGACGCAGUGAAAGAAGAGCUGUCCAUCCAGGCAGCUGCGUUAGGAUCAUCGGCAAUGCUAGACGUCAUUCAGCCUAACCUGCUGAAAAUGGGAUACCGCGACGGCGUUAAGUACCGGGAUUUUCACCUAAAAUUGUGCACCACAGCUAUAAAAGGGAAAAAUGUCGACACAUCAAAAUGGCUGAUUGAUAAAAUGAGUGGCAUGAAAAUUAACAAAUUUAAUGUUAGGGACUUAAUUUCUGGCACUCUUGUUGCUAUAAUAACUUCUGAAUCGAGGGAAAUGCUUGACUUAUGGAAAGCAACUAUCCUAUCGAUUUGUAUCAAUGGCUUUGAGGAAAUGAGAAUCCUGGAAAGGUUAGACAGAAAGAUAUUGGGAGACGGCUUGGUGCAUGUCGCAAGCACGACAUGCUCUAUAAAUCUGGCACGAACACUCUUGAACGCUGGAGCGGAAGUUGACUGGAGACGGAGCGACAAAUACCAAACGCCUUUACAUUGUGCGGCAAGGAAGACAACAGAAGAGGCUGCCAAACUUAUGGAACUCCUCCUUUAUCAUGGUGCCGAUCCCGCCACUUCUUCCAAGAAUCGGAAGUUGGAAGAUGAAGACGGAACUUCACAGAUUUCAAAGUGGCUCGGCGUCUCGUGGGAUGAACUAGUGGAGAAGACAAAAUCCAAGCGAGAGACUAAGGGAGGUUGA